AUGUCAACACAGCAGACUUCCGACAUCGUCAUUAUUGGAGCCGGCAUAUUCGGUUCUGCCCUGGCCUAUUUCCUUUCUUCUUCCAAUGGUGGAAAGAAGAUAACAGUCGUCGAGCGAUCGAUUUCCCAGCUCACCGGCUCAACAGGCUACGCACCGGGUUUCGUGGGCCAGUUCAACGAGUCAGAAGUACUCACCCGCCUUGCCAUCGACAGCGUGAGAGAGUAUUCCAAGGUCCCUGGGGGGUUUGACCAUGUCGGCGGCCUCGAAGUCGCGACAAGCAAUGCCGGAGUCGAGAAUCUCAAAUGGCGACAGGAAACUGCCAAGGCAAGAGGACUCAAAGCAGAGUUGAUUUCUGCCCGAAGAGCAGCAGAGAUAGCGCCUGAUCUCGUGAAGGAUGAGUAUGUUUCGGCGCUACAUUUUCCAGCAGAUGGGACGGCGAACCCGGCGGUCGUCACCGCGUUCUUUCAGUCCGAAGCUCGGGAUAGAGGCGUGCAGUUCCUGGAAGCCGACGUUACAGAGAUUCGUCGAGACAGUGACACCGUGACAGGAGUUAUGACUUCAAAGGGGUUCAUCGAAGCGCCGACAGUUGUCCUGGCUACUGGUAUCUGGGCCAAAUCUUUAUGUGACUUUGAUCUCCCCGUUCCGGUUAUCCCAGUCGCGCACCCCUAUAUGUAUGGGGAAAUGCACGAGCCGAAGACGUAUAAAUCUCCUUUUGUGAGGUAUCCAGAGCAUCAUGUUUAUGUUCGAGACCAUGGCACUUAUUUCGGACUCGGCUCGUACGACCACAUGCCCCGGGCUGCAAAGCCAGGAGACACUGCCAUUGGAAACUGGGUUGACGAAUUCGAUACGGCAUUGGAUCGUGCGAUGAAGCUGGUUCCUGAGAAGACGAACUUGCGGGUUAGGGAGAAAUUUAAUGGGAUAUUCUCCAUGACGCCGGAUAAUAUGCCGCUGGUUGGCGAGGUGCCGGAGGUGAAGGGGCUGUACAUGGCGGCCGGGGUUUGGGUUACGCAUGCCGCUGGGUCUGCGAGGUUCUUGACGAGCAUCUUAAAAGAUGAAGAGGUAGAUGUGGCACUGCAGAGGGCUCUUGAUCCGACGAGAUUCAGGGGGCGGGAUAUGGAGAGUCUGCAGCGGGAGUCGCUGAAUUGCUAUAACAGCAUAUACUCCACCUAUGAGAAUUCCUAG